CGUCAGCAGAGUACCACGUCAACAGAGUGCCACAGCAACGUGCAGUCGGACACUAAAUGCAGCGCCGCCAACGAUUGGCAGAGCGCGGAUCCAAGGCAGCCAAGCCCCAACAGGGACCCAAGGCACCGCAGAUCCCGCGCAAGCGACGCACAGCCAUGGCUGCAGCAGCAGGCCACGCCGACAGCAACAUGCCAGACAAACCCAAGAGGCCGGUUCCUCCUCCUGUGCCAAUUCAACGGGGUGUUAUGACCCGGACCAAUUGCGAAGCCGCCGACAGCCAACAGCAGGCCAUCAACGACCGACAGCAGGACUCCGUUGAUGCCGGGAUAGCACGACUGUCCGCAGUCGAGUCAACGGGCGGUGGAAUUUCAGACAGCAGCCCAGCUUUGGCCGCUCAAGCCAAACAGCUCGAUGAGCGGAUCAACCACUUGGUCGCAUCCCUCGGCGACAUCAGCAAGUUUGCUGGAACGUCGACAAUCAGCAAUCAGCUGCAGACGCUCAGCGACCGCGUUGACCAGCGACCGGCCGCUGCCGCCAAGGAAUGGAAGAUGCCGAACUUCAAGACCGAGAAGUUCGACGACUAUCACAAGACUGAUCCGCUGCAAUGGUGGAUGGCAUUCAACGCGGAGGCCGACGUACAUCAUAGUCCGCCCCUACGGCGGAUGGACGCAUUGUACCUCCAGUGCCUGCCUCGACAAGGACAAGGAAAAUGUCAAGCGUCCGGGCUCGGGAAACUGAGCACCGCGGGAAGUGCACCGACAACAUUUCCCAGUCCGCGGGAGUCGGCUGCCUUGCUAGCAGCCUCUCUCACAUCCGGGGACACCGCGGUAGUCGCAAGUUCUCGCGUUGAGUUUGAGAACUAUGCUGUCGAGUUGGUCCCACCGUUGAACCAGCCUCUCCACGUGCAAGAUUCAAGCAUAUGCGCGGCAGUUCCGCCGUCGGACAACGAACCGGUUGCUUCGCCAACCCUUCUAUCGGAGGACCCGUCAACUUGGAUGAGACUUGAGGAUCUCGACCCAUUGACGGUUGAGGACUUCCAAUGGUUACCUCUUGCCUCCACUGGUUCUUUGCCAACUCCGCAUUGCAAUGCCUUAAUGGCAUAUCCACGCGAAUACUUGCACACUGCAGUACCACCUCCGUCAACGGACGACGGAGUAGCGGUUGUUGACCUUCGUAACUAUCUUGCGAAGAUCGACCGUGAGUACGCAACGCAACGGUACGUCGACAACGACGCGCCGCUCCUCUACAUCCGCAUUCAGAUCGAAAAGGCGACCUGCAAUGCCUUGAUCGAUUGUGGAGCGACUCGCAACUACAUCAGCCAAGACUUCAUGGCACGCGCUGGGCUGGGCCCGCGCGUUCGGAGGAAAAGUCAGCCUACACACGUCACGUUGGGCGAUGGUCACACGCAAAAGUCAAUCGACCGAUGCGUUAACUCGGUGCCCGUGUACUUUGCCCCACUAGCAUGCGAGACCGUGUCUUUCGACAUAUUGGACACCAAGUUCGAUAUGAUCCUAGGCAUGUCGUGGCUGCGAAGCAAAGACCAUCCGCGCAUGAGCGAAGAGGAACUUCAAGUGCUUCCGGCACAACUAGACGACCUCUUGGCCAAAAGCUGGAUUCGCCCUAGCUGUUUGCCAUACGGUGCUCCCAUUCUCUUCGUCCGGAAGAAGAACAAGGACCUUCGUUUGUGCAUCGACUAUCAAAAACUUAACGCGCAAACGAUCAAGAACGUCGGCCCUCUCCCUCGGAUCGAUGAUCUUCUCAAGCGACUAGGCGGCGCCAAGUGCUUCUCAAAGCUUGACCUCAAGUCCGGAUAUCAUCAGAUUGAGAUCCAGCCAAGAGACCGGUACAAAACUGCGUUCAAGACGCGAUAUGGGCACUUUGAGUGGAUCGUCAUGCCUUUCGGUCUCACCAAUGCCCCGACUACUUUCCAAGCGGCCAUGACGACGGAAUUCCGCGACUUGCUCGACCGCACCGUGCUCAUCUACCUCGAUGACAUCUUGGUUUAUAGCCGAACGCUGGACGAGCAUCUCGAGCACCUUCGCGCCGUUUUGGAGCGACUUCGCAUUGCCAAGUACAAGGCGAACCGCGACAAGUGCGAGUUUCCCCAGCAAGAGCUGGAGUACUUGGGUCAUUACAUCACGCCGCAAGGCAUUCGUCCGCUUGCGGACAAGGUACAAGCUUGGUCGGACCUCAAGUGUACUACUGACGUCCGCUCCUUUCUCGGCUUGGCAUCAUACUACAUGCGCUUCGUCAAACGAUUUCAACAUAUCGCUGCACCAUUGUCGCGACUUCAGUCCCCCUUGGUGCCCUUCGAGUUCGGCAACAAGGCCCGACAUGCGUUUCACACGCUGAAGACGGCUUUGCUUCAAGCUCCCGUCUUAAGCAUCUAUGACCCGACUUUGCCCACCAAAGUGACUACGGACGCUUCCGAUUAUGGAAUUGGCGCGGUUUUGGAACAGCAUGACGGCAUAAACUGGCAUCCGGUUGAGUACUUCAGCCAAAAGUGGGCAACGGACAACAAUCCAUUGACAUACUACAAGACGCAAGACACGGUGAGCAGCACGAUCGGUCGAUGGAUGUACUUCAUUGACCAGUUCGACUUCACCUCCAAGCACAUUCCGAGUUCCUCGAACAAGGGAGUGGAUGCUCUCUCGCGAAGACCUGAUCUUUGCGCCUUGGUGCACUCCACAUUCGGCCUCGAUGAGAACCUGCAACAGCACUUCGUAAACGGCUACAAAUCGGAUCCGGGAUUCUCCACACUCUAUGCGGACUUAUCAUCGGAUCAACCGCGGGCAAGCAACUACCGCAUUGUCGACGAUUACUUGCUUCUUCACACAGGAGGCAAGGACUUGUUGUGUGUUCCCCAAGACCGCAUCUUGCGCACUCACCUCCUGGGCAAAUACCAUGAUUCGCGGCUGGCAGGACACCUUGGCGUCGCACGCACACUGGCAAGACUCCGCCAGCGAUUUCACUGGCAGGACAUCAUCAGCGACGUCAACCAGUAUAUCCAGUCAUGCACAGUUUGCCACCGCAACAAAGGGCGCCAUCAGCUCCCUUAUGGCGAACUGAAACCAUUGCCGAUUCCUCGGGCACUGGGUCUCUCCAUUGCUAUGGACGUGACCAGUCCUUUCCCGCGUGAUCGCCUUGGUCAUGAUGGUAUUCUCACGGUCGUUGACCGCUUGAGCAAGUACGCUCCAUUUCUUCCAUGCAAGUAUCAUGCGACGGCUCCUGAGCUCGCACGACUUUUGCAUACCGGCUGGUUUUGCAGCCACGACGUUCCGGAAAACAUCGUCAGCGACCGCGACACUCAUUUCAUGUCAGCCUUUUGCACGACAGUCAUGGUGGAAUCUGGCACCAACAUGAAACCGAGUUCCGCACGGCAUCCUCAAACGGAUGGGCAAACGGUACGUGCGCAUCAGACUGCGCAGAUGAUGCUCCGCACGCUCAUCCGCCCGGAUAAGGACUGGGUUGAUCGCCUUCCCGACAUCGAGUUCGCCUAUAACACUUCGGUGCACCGGGCGAUUGGCAUGACUCCAUUCGAGUUGCACCAUGGUGGACGGAAAGGACGUAUCUUCGCAGACAUUUUGCUUCCGCGGGCUGCCGAUAUAGACGUCGCUUGGUCCCCCGCUUCCACACGGAAGUACAGGGAACUGCUGGCCAAAGCCCGCGCAAACAUGCAAAAGGCUUAGGUCCGUAUGCAGCAGCAAGCGAACCGGCUUCGCAUCCCAUGUCCAAUUCGCACCGGCGACCUAGUUUGAGUCGCCUCCGAGGAAUUCGCGCUCGAGCAGGACGUC